AUGGGCAUCUGGGAGGCCUUUUCUGACAUUGUCGAGGCCGUAACGCCAUGGAGCGUUGUCGAGGCCGAGGCGCCUGCCGAAGAGCCCAAGGAAGAGGAGGCUGCUGCCGAAACCGAGUCCAAAGACGGAGAAGCGAACGACGAGUCCUCUGAGGAGGCCGAGGCUGACGCUGAGGCUGAGAAGGAGGAAGGCGAAAAAGGCGAAGAAAAAGAAGAAGACGAAGACGAAGACGAAGACGACGAAGAAGAGGAGGAGGAGGAGGAGGAGGAGGAGGAGGAGGAAGAGGAGAUUGUUGAUCCUAAGGAAACUCUUGAAGAAGAGUGCAAAAACUCUCCCCGGUGUGCCCCGGCCAAGCAUCACUUUGACGAGUGCGUCGAGCGUGUCCAGCAACAGCAAAGCGAAGGCGACGCCAAAGAGGACUGCGUCGAGGAAUUCUUCCACCUCGCACACUGCGCUACCGCCUGUGCUGCCCCUAAGCUCUGGUCCAAGCUUCGAUAG